UGGGUCUGGUUAUUUCCGGGGAUGUGUCCCUCCUGUGCAUCGCCAGCAGUAGGCCUGUGAUAUGGCCGCAUCAUUCUUUGUGUUUCUGUCUCUCGCAGUUCUCCUGGCCACGUGGACGCGUUCAGUCUUUGGUAUUAGCAUUGAGAUUUACCCACCUUCUCCUGGAGUCAACGAGACUGUAACUCUCAAUGUCAUUGAUGUACGUGGGACACUUCUCUAUGCAGAUUGGUACAAAGGAAAGAACACGAGCGCAGAAUUUCAGAUCAUAAGGUUCAACAGAAACGCCCCAAAGAACUUUGGAAAGAGGUACUUCACAGAAGCUGACGUGUUUGAAAAUGGCUCCUUACAGAUUAGCAAUGUCCAGAAGAUUCAUGAAGGCUUUUACACAGUCAACGUGCAAACGGAAAUGCCACUCCAGGAUGCCACAGUGCUCCUGACGUUAAAAGGCUUACAUUCCACAGGCGCAGAUUCCACAGGAGGAUUGGGCAGCGGUGCGAUCGCAGGAAUUGCCAUCGCCGUGAUAGCAGUUGUUUUGGGAUUGUCCGGGAUAAUAGUCUAUGUGUUGAUGAAGAAAAACAAAUCAUCGGACCCCGCCAAGUGACACAGAGCGGCCCCCGUGAUAUUCCAUGAUUGGCUUGAGGUCAGAGGUGGAACCUCCCAGAAGCUUAUUGGAUCUGCCCGCUAAAUCCUGGUCCCGCUGCUUCACCUCGGACAGGCAGAUUUACUAACGCCGAGGGCUCGUCUGCACAGCUUGAACUAUAAUUGCAUGUAUUGUCUGCAGAAUCUAAUGUUAAAGGGGCUAUCCUGCCAAAAGUAUUGCCUACCCACGGAGAAGUAUGGGAUAGCCAUACGGUCUGGCCAAGGGGGCCGUAGAGGCCAUGUCGCUCCACCGUGCCAGUCACCCCUCCUGUGGAUAGCCCCUUUAAACGUCACAUUCUGGGCGGCUGCCUCCAGGCUUUCAGGUGUCCUCUCUUCUGUCUCUCUCUCUCCUUCGGUGCACGGUAUAAAGAUGGCUGACACUACCCACGCUUCCUGUACGGUGAAUGGGUUAGAGGUCACUGGUAAUCCACAUCCAGGCCAUGGGCCAGAAUUCGGAGCUAUAGUCGGACCUCUAGUGAUGACGGGUGUCAUGGGCUCCUGCAGUGAUUACCCCAAAUGAUCGGAGAAGGGUUGAACCUGA